GAACCAAGAGUGGAGGAGACAGCCAGCUCAUGCUUUGCAGCAUGUAGAGCAGAGGCAGAACAGAGAACCAAAACAACCUUCUGCUUGGAUGAAUCUUCCUCAUCAACCUUUUGAUGGCUGUUUACCUCAUCAUGCAGAAAUCAUGGAGAGUGGUGCAAAAGGAGAGUGCAGUUACUGGAGCUUUGGACCUGAUCAGUGUGGAACAGUUGAAACUACAAACAGAAGUACAACCUGCGAAGAUGAAUACAUCUCUCAGCCUCAGAGUGAUGUUGAAGAGGAGCUUGAGCUUCCUUUGCCACUGAAAGCUGAUGAUGAGUGGCAAAGUCCUUUUCCACUCCCUCACAGCUACAAUUUUCAGCACAUGAUGGAUGCCAGACAUUUCUACUUUUCAGAGGAAGGGCAGUGCAACGUCAACCCAGGCAUCACACAUCCUCCUCGGUCAUUUCGUUAUUCAGCUCCAUACCUUCAAAAAGGGAAUGACCCCAGAAACUGGUUACAGCCCCAUGAUAGCUUUACUAAUGAUAGGGUGGCUCAGGGUGGUGUCUCAGUUAACGUGCCUCAGUUCUCGGUCCCACCAGUGGAAGGUCUUUCACAAGUUAGCGUGGAAAGGUUGAGCUCAGCAGCAGUAGUCUCAAAUCCACAGGAGAAAAGAAGCGCCAUCAGUCUGCCUGAGGAGUGCCGAAACGUGUUUAUAACUUACUCUUCGGACGUGUCUUCAGAGAUGGUCUCCUUUGUUGAAUUCCUCACGAAACAAGGAUUUCGACCUGCUAUUGACUUAUUUGACAAUCCCAUUAGAUGCAUGGACAUCAAUAAGUGGAGUGACACUUACCUGAAAGAUCCAUCAACCCUGAUUAUCAUCGCCAUCGGUCCCAAGUAUAAAAAAGAUAUUAAAGGAAACAGCUCCACAGUGGAUGGCCAUGGUCUGCACACUAAAUAUAUUCACUCAUUGAUGCAGAAUGAAUUCAUCCAGCAAGGCAGCUUGAAUUUCAGAUUCAUACCUGUUCUCUUCCUUGGUGCAAUCCAGAAACAUGUUCCAAGUUGGCUUCAGAACACUCACUUUUACCGCUGGCCGCAGGACACAGAGAACUUGUUGCUGCGGUUGCUGAAGGAGGAGAGAUACGUCCCUCCUUCUGUACCAGGAGAGCUCUCGCUCAUCAUCAGGCCUGUGACCACAAAUCCUGCCUAUAUGGUGUGACACUGCUCAUGCUCAUGUGUGCAGGUGUUCAAUAUUUUUGUAUUUAUCUCAUUAUUUUAGUGCACGUGUUUUUACAAAUCUAGCCAUAAAGCAUCAGUUUUCCAACACGAUACAGACACAGGCAUGGAAAAAGUCUCCUUGAGGAUUCUGAGGAACUGUUUACACAAAUACCAGAAAAUAAACAAAAAAAAUUUUCUAACUUUGAGUCAUUUCUCAUGCAGUAGUCCUGAGUCUUCCCUCUGCUGUGGAUCCAGUUUGUGCAGUCUGUUAUUCCUCCAGCCUCUGUUGAUAUAAACCUAUUUCAAAAAUGUCCUUUCUCUUGCAAAA